CAUAAUUUGUCGUAAUAACCUUUUUUUUUUCCUUUUUUUUCCUUUUUUUUUUUCUUCUCUUUCCUCUCGUGUGUUCUUCGUCCCAUGACCUGCUCAUCUACUGCAAAUUGAAAUCCAUCACAUGUUAUGUUAAUUUUUUUUGUUACAUGUGAAAGUUGAUGUCUGGCAGCUUGCUUCUCGACACUUCCUGGGUUUUCCAAGUUCUUCGCAUGGCUUUCUUCACAAGUCCCGUGACUGUUUAGGGCGUGCUCUGGAUUUGUGACACACUUUUUGAUUUGAAGUUGGAUUUAGGUCUUAGUGUAGUCAGUAAAAAUGGAAGACAAGAUCGCAAAGGUAUUGGGUAGCCAGAGAGUUUCACUUGCCUUAAAAAGGAAGCGAUCAGCACAGUUUGGUGCAUAUUCACCAGAACCAGUCUGCAUGGCACAGCGGCCUACCAUGACUCCAUUAAAUAGGGUGGAAAAGAGACAGAAGCUAGGUGGAUGUAGUGGAGUACUUCCAAACACUGAAACUCGUUUUAGACACUUGUACAGAGGUUAUUCAAAUUUUAGGAAAAGUGGGACACCGAAACACAUUAUGUUAUAUGAAAAUGAUGAGUGGAUUAAAUUUCCCCGUGAUCUUCUUGAUUUGGUUGUGGAUGAUCUACAAGCAAAGAAAGCAUCCCUGGAAAUUAAGUUUAAUGAACAGCACUGUGUGCUAGAUUUUUUGCAUAUGUUUUUCUUGGACUUAAAUACAGGGUUGCAACAACCUCUUGCAUGGAUUGAUGCAGCAGGGCGCUGCUUCUUUCCUGAGAUUUCUGGUGCAGAUACAAGUGAAUGCUGCCAUUCUAAUAAUUUUGAAAAUGAAGAACCACAGGUUGAAGAAGCUCAUGAGUCUGACAUAAUCAAGUUGCAGUUGGAAAUUGAAAUAAGUGGAAUUGCGCAAUCGAGUUUGAAGGUGUGUAGUGGGGAGUCGAAUGAUUGCAUCAAGGGGUCCCAAACUGAUGAAGAACUUGCUUAUGACCGUGGUAUUGAAGAAAUUGAGGAUAGUUGUGGUAGAAUACCUAUUGAAAAAGCGUAUGACGUUGUACCUGAACAUAAAGAGUUGGAUGAGAAUCUCAUCUCUGGGAUUCAAGAACUUAAAGAGCUGGAUGUGAACCUCAUUUCUGGGAUUAAAUUUUCAAACGGAAGAUUGGAUACUAGUACAGUGGAAAAAAUAUUUCGUGAUAGAAUGAUGAGAUCACUCGAUAGUAUAGAGAUACUUAAUAUAAAACACUGCAAUGACACUUUAAUGCAAUCUCAAUUAGAGCUUUUCAAUAAGCAAAUAGAAAUGACCAAACUGUACAGAGGGGAUGCGAAUGUUCGUUUUGCUUGGCUUGCUGUUUCUGAAACAGAAUUAUCUAACUUGAUGAUGCAUGGAAUUGGGCAUUCUGCUGUUUCUUCAAUCAAAUCUAUGUAUGGCACAGGUGUUCACCUCACAGCCAUCAAUUGCUCAAAUGUCAGUGCAAGUCAUUGUGAUAUUGAUGAUAACGGGGUGCAGCAUCUGGUAUUUUGCCGUGUAAUAUUGGGAAACAUGGAACUUCUUCGCUCUGGAAGCAGACAAUUCUAUCCAAGUAGCAAGGAUUUUGACAGUGGAGUGGACAACCUUACAAAACCAACAUAUUACGUUAUAUGGAGAAUGAAUAUGAACACCCACAUCUAUCCCGAAUCUGUUGUUACCUUUAAGGUUGCUCCCAAUCCCAAAGUUGAAAGCCGGACUAACGAUGUUUUGGGGAUCACUGCAUCUCGUCAAGGGUCUCCCAACCAAAUACAGUUGGAAUCUUCUGUAGUUAAUGCGGUUUGUGGCGAUGGUCAACCUUCAGAUGUUUGUCGAUCUAAUGAAAGAGCAGUUAGUGUGGGUUCCAACUCUGUGAAAACACCCAAGUCUCCAUGGAUGUCUUUCUCCAUGUUGUUUGCUGCCAUCUCUAAUAAGGUCCCUUCUAAAGAUAUGGAGCUUAUCAAUAUGCAAUACGAACAAUUCAGGGCUAAGAAGAUGAAUCGUGAUGAUUUUGUACGAAUGCUGAGACUGACAGUUGGAGAUUCUUUGUUGUGGACUACAAUAUCAAGUCUUUGCAAGAAAGGAAACAUUUCAAUGUUAACGGAAAAAAAAAUCAAAGACAAAAACACCCAAGUAGCGCAGACAACGACUGACCAAACCAGAAAAGGAAGACCUCCCAAGAAAUACUGAAGGUUAGAUAGAACAAGAAGGAACAAGACGUCCUUGGGAGAAACAAAUAACAAGAAAGCAAGGCUGUCUAACCAAAGAGAGAAUCUAAAUCGAAUCCAUCAAUAUUCCUCUUUGACCUCUGUACUUAAAAAUUCAACGUUUCUUUUUCAUGUCUUGAAAAGGAAACCACAAGGCCUUAAUGUUAUGUAGAAACUAAAAAUAAACAUUCAACUAUAAGAUGUAAACUAAAUUUAACAGAGAAGAUGAACUCAGUCCUAUUCAAUCAAAGAAACGUGAACUAGUUGCUGAGUUUUUCUUGUCCCCAAUAAUGGGGGGGUUGAUAUUCAACUUCCUGGUCGAAAAACUCUCUAAUUGUUCAAUUUGUCUCAGUGAUAGUUGACUAGAUUCUAGAGUCUCAAGCGUUCAUCUUCUUGGAGAAAGAGAAAAUCUUCUUCAGGCGUGGCCCAUUCAUGUUGAUUCUACUGGUCCUUAUUUGGGCCUAUAUGAAGUCCUUCGGUCAGUUGAUUUCAAUUGGUGAGGAUCAUGUAUAACCUUGACUCUUUGUUGGAAACCACACACACACAAAAAGAAGAAAAAAAACAAUUUAUACUCCUAAACUUUUAGGGUUGUAUCAAUUAUUACUUCAAACCAAUAAUUGUAUCAACUCAAACACUAAAUUUUACCAGUGAAUUCAGUUUAGACCCUA